AUGUCCGAAGAUUGUUUAUAUCUAAAUAUUUGGGUACCAGAGACAGCAUUACGUUUAGGAAAUUUACCGGUACUGGUAAUUAUAUCUGGUGAAGAUAUGUUAUAUGAUUGGCCCCAUAAUCGCGCAUUUGGCUUUGACUUAGCAUCUGAAGGUAUUAUUAUCGUAAAUAUACAAUAUCGGACAAACAUAUUUGGCUGGAUAAAUUUAUUAAAUUCAAAAAUGUCGGGUAAUUUCGGUUUAGAGGACCAACAGCUGGCACUUAAAUGGAUUAAGCAGAAUAUACAAAAUUUUGGUGGAAAUCAGAAUCAAAUCACAUUACUGGGACAUGGUACAAGUGGUACAGCUUGUGUUAUGGCUUUGUCUUUAAUACAAGAUGUUAGAGAACCGAUUUUCUCUAGCAUCAUUUUAAUGUCACCGAAAGACCUUAUAGGAACUUUGAGUUUAAAUGAAGUUGUUAUGGAAUCAUCAAAAAUUUUGAUUCGAAAGCUCGGUUGUCACUUUGAGGAAGAUGGAGAUCAAUUGCUCAUUUGCCUACGUAUGAAAAGUGUAAGCGAUUUGCAGAAGGCAUUUGAAAGUAUUUAUAAUCACGGAAAUACAACUUUGAUAAUAGGUCCAAUUCUUCAAAUGAACAUAAGAGAUAUCUUAAAAAAUAAACCAUUGGAUUCAAUUUCAUCUAUUCUAAUUGGUAUAACGUCGAACGAAGGUGCUUUUUUACAAGAUUAUUGGUUGGACUUGGCACGCGAAAGCUAUGACGCAUUGCAGUCAUAUAUAAACUUUACUAUUCUACCACGCAUACUGGAAAAAUUUAAUGUGUCUUCAACAUCUAGAACGAAUAUUGUCAAGGAGCUUUAUAUGCGAUAUUUCAAUGGUGAGGCAGGAAGUAAUCUAAACCUUUUCGGUGGUGCUUCGCAUUCCUCAGAUCUACCAUUAUUAUAUGGACAAAGUCUUUUUCAACAAAUAUCCAGACGACGUUUAACAAAUAAUGAAGAAAAACUUUGUCGCCAUAUUCGAAAUGUGUUUCUAAGUUUUAUAAAAAGUGGGAACCCCACAAAUAAUAACUCUAACAUUUGGCUUUCAUAUAAAAAUGAACAUAAAUUCGUUUAUAAUAUUGGUUCUGGAACGGAAAAGGGGAUAGAUACUACUUUUAUUUCAUCAAUGUAUUUAGAAAAUAAUAUCGAAAAAAUUACGAACUUGUUAUAUGCGGAAACAAAUAACAUGGAAACGAGAUUACCUCGACCAAGCCGUAAUGAUUUAGGAAAUAUACACAAUAAUAGCUCAAGAUAUGAGGAAGCUAGUACAAAAAAUCAACAGUAUACAAUUUAUGCUUUGCAUCUAAAACGCGUCUAUGAAUUCUGGAAAAUAUACUUACCAAAUAUUGAAACAUUUGAUAAUGAAUCGGACUAUAAUAGAUUUCAUGGUGCUUACAGUUAUCGUAUACGUCUAUUAGAAGCUUCAGCAGAUGCUGCAAGAUAUAAACAUGGAUUUUUUGUAAUGCUGGGAUUGGUUGUUGUACUUUUAGCCAUUCUUGCGGUUUGCGUACAUUUACUUCGAAGUGGUGCAAAUGACAUUCCCUCAGAAACAAAUUUGUUCUGCUCAUGA